AGUCGAAGCGGAUGGUUAGUUGAAGCAGAUGGAAGUUAGGGUUAAAUAAGAAAAAGAUUGGAAGUAGUGAGGGAAGUGGAAGCAGAUGGAGUCAAAGCAUGAUUUUGUGAACCGGACGCUUGAAUACAUUCUUCAUAGAGUCCCAGACACAGAGAUUAACGGUAACAUGCUAAAAAAUUCGCUUCGAAUCGGCCAAGUUUUUGGUCUUGAGCCCCGCAACAAGAAGACCGUUUUUCUCAAAAUUCUUCAACACUACCUCUCCACUCACUCCAUCACCGAACCCCUUCUCUAUACCCUCGAGCUCCUUGCGGAACUCUUUUGCUGCGAUGCCUCUCCGGUCCCCGCUACCAUGACUGCCGCCUACUGCGCCGUGGCGGUGGAAUGCACGCUCAAGUAUCUGAAAUUAAGUCGCCACCACCACAAUCCUCUCUACCUCGAUGCCGUGAACAGGAUAUGGCGAGUUAGGAUUGCGCUUAUGAAUAGUUCCGGUUCCGGAAAAGAGAGUGUUCUGCUUUCAGGGGAGUUGGAGCAGUGGAGAAAGGACAUUGAAACUUCACUUUUGGAUUCAGAAGUAAUGGAAAGGUUGGCCUCCAUAGAUACUAAAAGGGAUGCCAUGGUGAAGGUCAAAGCAUUUUUAGAUGAAGCCCGUACCGAUUUGGAACCCGGAAGUCUGAAGUGUAGCAGUGUUGCGGCUGAUAACGAUAAUCAAACCUCUGUUUUUGAGAAUUGUGACCAAGGUCCUUGUUCGGUGGAAACAAAUAUUAUUGCUGGUGUUAAUGAGUCUGGAAAAUCCAUUUCUGGGGAGUUGUUGGUGAAGGAAUCUUUACCAAUAACUCUUAUCACUGAGAGUUCUGAUCGAAGAUUUAUUUUAGUGGAUAAAAGUACAACUGCUGAUGUUUAUGAGUGGGAUGAGUCAAUAGAUGGCUUGGAGGGUGGAACAUCAAACCGUGCAAGUAGAUUUAAUUUGCCUAGUCCCAAGAGGAGAAAUCUUUCUCCAUUGAAGAAGUAUGAACCAAAAGAAACUAAAAUGAGGAGAAAAGCAAGAAGGUGGAAUCAGUUAGAAGAGGCGACGCUCAGAGAAGGCGUAGUCAAGUUUGGCAAGGGAAAUUGGAAGUUAAUCCUAAAUUCUGAGAAAGAUAUAUUUGCAGGAAGAACGGAGGUUGAUUUGAAGGACAAGUGGAGGAAUAUGUCGCGGCGUAAGCACGAAUAAAUCGAAUGUGCAUACUUACGCGAUCUUUUUGCUUUAUCUGUAGUUAGUUGCUUGAGAUUACAUAGACCGUUAACAGUACUUCUCGAUCUUUUUGCUUUAUUUGUGGUUGUUGCUUGAGAGUAUAUAGACUGUUAACAGUACUUCUCGAUCUUUUUGCUUUAUUGGUGGUUGUUGCUUGAGAGUAUAUAGACUGUUAACAGUAAAGCUGAAUGAUAUUGAAUGAUAUUGUAACUAGAACGGGCAAAAUCAUGCGAAAUUAGUCAAUAGACUUUUUUAGCUUUUUGUAGGAGGAA